AUGGGCCUCCUUCCGAAAUUCGACGCGCAGGAGGUACUUUCUCUUCAUUGUCCCCUCUGCUCAUUCCACAGUCACUGGACAGAGAAGCUCGAAAUGCACUUCCUGAAGACCCACCUGGGCAGAUCUGCGGAGUUUAACCUCUUCCAGUGCUCCAUGUGCAAGAAGAUCGCCUCCUCGAAGGCUUUUGUCCUCGAACACCUCGAACUGCAGCAUCGAUCUUACAAGGAAGAAACACCCACUAGUCCUUCGUCAGAUAGCGAUGCAUUAAUGAGGCUGGAGGACAGCGAAGCAGUUCAACGACCCGGCUCGACCCCUGGAACCCGGCGGAAUACCCUCUGCGGUUCUGUGGUGCCGAUUUUUUCGGGCUGUUUGCGUGGCGGUGAGAUUCAAGACGGUGCCUUCCACUACCAGUGUCUCUUCUGCGAGUUUUCAACUAGCAUCAGGGAAGUUCUGGCCACCCACUACGUCCAUCAUGGAAUAAAAAAUCUCCAGUGCUCAGAAAAGCCCACCAUGGCGACGACGUCGACGACGAUGACGACGCUGGAAAAGGACAGCCCUACGGAAGACUCAGUGCUUCGUGGUUGUCUUCGCGCCAUUUGGGGCUGGCGGGCGGGCGGGCGGACGGGCGCGUGCGCACGCGCGCAAGCGUCUGAUGUUGGCUUUGAGCCAGCCGCUGCCACUGCCUCUGCUGCCGCCGCCACCACCAUCGCCAUCAUUGUGGCAGAGCGCGCGUUCCAGAUUUCACCACUUUUUUGUGUGGAUGGUGUGCCCCCCUUGUCACAUCUUGACGACAAGAUUGUAAAGCUGACUAACGGAGUCCUCGAUCCCACUAAAUUAGCGGAAUCUUUCGUGUGCAUAGAGAUCCAGUUGGCACGAGGUUCGAGGCUUGCAAAUGACAGCCCUGGCAACUUACUGAUCCCCUCCACGCACAAUGCAAUCCUCGACUGGCCGAGAAUUAAAACCAGCGAUGUCAUUUUCCGGAAAGAUUAG